AUAGGUACAGGAAGAAGGAAUGGAACCAAAAGGAAGAAAAUUUGUUGCAGAGCCAAAAUAGCUCCCCUCCGCUAUUGUAGCUGUUCUGCUGGCAAUACAAACUUUCUGCUUUCAGGUUCUGCAGCAUUCCAGACCUCAAGCACUGAAUCAGGAUGGGAAAAAGACGUUGUGUUCCUCCACUCGAGCCCAAGUUGGCAGCAGGCUGUUGUGGGGUCAAGAAACCCAAAUUAUCUGGAAGUGGAACGCACAGUCACGGGAACCAGUCCACAACUGUCCCUGGCUCUAGUUCAGGACCUCUACAAAAUCACCAGCAUGUGGACAGCAGCAGUGGACGGGAGAAUGUGUCGGACUUAACUCUGGGACCUGGAAACUCUCCCAUCACACGAAUGAAUCCCGCAUCGGGAGCGCUGAGCCCUAUCCCUCGGCCCAACGGAACUGCCAACACCACUAAGAAUCUGGUGGUGACUGCAGAGAUGUGCUGCUACUGUUUUGAUGUACUCUACUGUCACCUCUAUGGCUUCCCACAGCCACGACUUCCUAGAUUCACCAAUGACCCCUAUCCACUCUUUGUGACAUGGAAGACAGGGCGGGACAAGCGGCUUCGUGGCUGCAUUGGGACCUUCUCAGCCAUGAAUCUUCAUUCAGGACUCAGGGAAUACACGUUAACCAGUGCACUUAAGGACAGCCGAUUUCCCCCCCUGACCCGAGAGGAGCUGCCUAAACUUUUCUGCUCUGUCUCCCUCCUUACUAACUUUGAGGAUGCCAGUGAUUACCUGGACUGGGAGGUAGGGGUCCAUGGGAUUCGAAUUGAAUUCAUCAAUGAAAAAGGCGUCAAACGUACAGCCACAUAUUUACCUGAGGUUGCUAAGGAACAAGACUGGGAUCAGAUCCAGACAAUAGACUCCUUGCUCAGAAAAGGUGGCUUUAAAGCUCCAAUUACCAGUGAAUUCAGAAAAACGAUCAAACUCACCAGGUACCGAAGUGAGAAGGUGACAAUCAGUUAUGCAGAAUAUAUUGCUUCUCGACAGCACUGUUUCCAGAAUGGCACUCUUCAUGCCCCGCCCCUCUACAAUCAUUACUCCUGACACACGGCUGCAUGACCAGUCCCACCCCCCUGUGGCCACCAAUGGCUAUGACAUCAUUGGAGCAGAUGCCUCCUCUUCCUGGUCCAGUUACUUCUAUUACUGCACCAUUUUAUGAUGCUAGCUUCCGUUGCCAAGCCUGCCUCCCACUGACUGAGGGGUGGGGUGGGGUUACACUGAAUGAAACAGAACUUGAGGGGCCCAAGCCUUAUUUCAGCUUUUCCUCAAUAUGGGGUUCCGUUGGAUUGGGGCUCCUCCAUGACUAGGAGAAUUACUGUGUGGGUUCAGAAGACUUUAUCUGGUGAUUUGCCAUAUGUGUGUUGGCCACACACUGGAAGCUGGAAUUGAUGAUCCAUGAAGGCUUACCCCCCACACACCACUUCAGCCUCCCCAGAUCAAGUAGGUGUAUUCCCCUGGCAGUCUGGGCAACGGAGACCAACAAGAAACAUUUUUAGGUUGUUUUAAAUUCCUUUUUUUAAACUUCCAGUUUAUUGCAUACCAAGAAUUGAUCACAACCUCCAUACUUCAUAAAUGGACGCCAUGUUAGGGUUGAACGUGGGCACCAUGAGUCCUUUGAGGCUCCUGGACAGAGACCCACUUCAAGAUCGGAAGCCCUUUGGAUGGCGUUGCAGAUCUCAUUGCUCAAUAAGCCGUGAAGGUUUUAAUUCUCAUCCCACUGUCAGUUGGAUUUUCUGGCACUUACUGCAUUGAGUCUUCUGGUAUUGAACAGAGCCCUGUGGUGUAGCCUGCUGAGGAAUGGAAUGGAGAUGCCCACGGGAGGUCCUGAUACCAUUGCUACAUGCAAGUGUGAAAGGAGAGACCUUUUCCUUACCACCGGCUACCUCACUCCUCUACUGGUAGCAGUGCCUAUAGCUGGAUCUAGGUUCUCAGAAGCAUUGAUGUGCAAACAAGCAGUUGGGUUGGGCUUUAGGAGGCCACAUGAUCAUAAGAGAGAAUCCAGGGUCUCCAAGUUGGUUUUCUUUCCCGGCAAACAUCCCAAGGGACCUUGAAGAAGGGAAAUUCCUUUUUCUGGUUUGCCUGUAGAAGUGGGAAGGCUUGAUGUUUCAGUCCUUUACACGACUUUAGAACAAAGCUGUGUAAUUAAACAAGGUGAAUCUUUAUCUUUCCUAACAUGCUAGGAAUCUUCAGCCCGCCCACCAGGGCAAAAUUCCAAAUAGCUCAUUUUAUUCUAGGUCAUUCAAACUUUCAUGUGACAUAUUUCCCCCUUCCAUUG